GCUUUGCUUUUUCAACCAAUCCAACCACAACCCAUUCUCAUUGAUCUCACCCUCGUUAUUUUCUCUCUCUAGAAAGAUGGCACGUUCUUUCUUUCUUUCUUUCUUUGUCUCUCUACGCAGAACCUACAUAACAAAGAAAGAAGAAACAUGGAAACUCCACGCACCCUCCUUCCCUCAAAAAUUAAGAAGAGUCCACACCACCAAGUCUGUCUGUGUCUCUCUCCUCAAUGGCCCAGCUGGACCAAAAUUUAUGUGUGAAGAAAAACAAAAAGGAAAAGAAGAGAGGAGAUAGUAGAUGUCUUCAAAUGUUGUCCUCCAACCAAACCCACCUCACAAACCACUCUCUCCCACAACAAAUAAAAUGAAGUAUGCCAGAACUACCCUUCUGCAACCCCCCAAAAAAUCCCAUCUUCAUCACUGUCUCAACUCUCAAAAGAAACAUUUUUUUCACCGAAUUAUGUGGGCUUCUUUGGGUUUUCUUUGUCUCGGUCAGAGUUUCACAGAGAAAACAGGAAAGCGAGAACCUUCCCAUCUCUCUCUUUCUUGUUUCUCUCUCUGUCUCUCUCUGACCUCUUCUUUCCCUUCCCUUUAUUAUUUCUUUCCCAUCUCUUUCUCUAUCUUCUUUCUCACUGAACUCUCUUCCUUUCUCUAUUUCUCUCCCCCUUUUUCUCUAUUUCUCUCCUUUCCCAAAUACAGCUCCCCGUUUUGCCUUGUGGGUAGUUUUUUUUUUCUUUUUUUUAAUAUCGUAUUCGAUCUGAUGAUGAAGAGAAUGAAGGGGGUUGCUGCUGCUAUGGAGUCUUCUCCAUAUGCAAUCUUAUAUGAGGUUCAGAGGACCAGGCUCAAGCAUCAAAGUCUUAUGCAGGAUUAUGAGGAGUUGUACAGGGAAACAGAAUCUCAGAAAAGGAAAUUGGAGAUGAUGAAACAGAAAAGAUUGACCCUAUUGUCUGAAGUCAGGUUUCUGAGGCAACGGUACAAGUUCUUGAUGCAAAACCAGUCUCAAAACCCUGCUCCUGCACCAAAGUACAUAAAGAAACAGAACUUAAUAAAUGUUAAUAGAACUGUAAGGAAAGAAAGGAAUUACACUGGGAAUGAUGCCGCUGUGCAGUGCCAAGCUCCACAAUUUGAUUUAAACAGAAAGGGUAAGAAGGUUUAUAGUGAAAGAGAAGCUGCUUUGCAAACUGCUGGUCCAGUAUUCGACUUGAGCCAGAAGCAGAAGACUUAUAUUGUGAAGGAGGCUGCAUUAUAAAUUCAGCAACAAAUCUAGAACUAAAUUUAAAGGAAAGAAUUUACAGUGGAAAAGAAGCUGCUGCUAGAAACAAUGCUCCAAUUUUUGAUCUGAACCAGAUUUCGAGGGAGGAGGAAGAAUUACAGGCCAAUGGAGAGGUGAUGAGAAUAGAUGAGCCAAAGAUAUCAUUAAUAAGGGGUGGGAGUGAUGAACACCACAGUGAUAUGAAGUUAUCAGCUUGUAGGAGUGCUGGAAAUGGAUCAGGUCGGGCAGGUAAGAGGAAGAUUUCAUGGCAGGAUCAGGUGGCAUUGAGGGUUUGACUUCUUAGUUCAACUGCAAUUGAAGAUUAUAUUUUGGUGAGGUUUUAUCCUAGGUGAACAAUGUGAAAGGAAUUAUUGCUCAUUGUGCCUAUUCAGGCCUUUUCUUUUGUCUGGUGUGGGAAGUUAUGAGGGGGAGCUGAAAACCAAUUCCUCAAGUCUUGAUGCUUAGAGCUAUUCCUUUUAUGGGUGAGGAUGGAUGGAGGUGAGCCAACCAUUGCAAUUUGUUGACGUUAUCAUUGUUUCUUCCCUUGAAAGAAUAAAGCAUGUGUUCAACCAAUUAAACUUUUCGGUUUAAGAGCAAUCCCGUUGGGGCAUUCAUGGGUU